CGCUAACAUCUAAAGGGUGUUAUAUUUCAGUCAUUAUUCUUUAGUUAGAAAUCAAUAUCAAAACUACAAGGAAGUUAUAUAUGUAUUUUAAACAAACUAUUUUAUUCAUGGAGUGGUAAUAAACACAUUCAGAAUGAUUUCCUGGACAUCACUUAUCUUGCUGUUGAGUUUUCCAGCGCAUGUUUUAUCGAACAGCUCCGUGUUUCCGUCCGGUGACCGGUUUACCGUUGUCAACGUGGAAGAUCUGGAGGAUGCACGCCUCUACCAGGACGUCAAACGCACAGGAAGCUUAUUGAUAGACACCGAGGACACACCGUCCACACUUGACAAGAGCCUGGCACAAAAUGUGCCCGUGUCAGACUUCCGGUCCCCGGCAUUCCGGUAUGUGCGCGCGCAUCCUAAGUUCCUGUCCUGUCUAGAGAAGGUCAUCAUGGCGCUCAAACACCAGCAAAUACUGGUGCGGAUCGUGAAAGGUUUCAGCCCGAGCGUUGAGGUUGACGGGUCGGAGGCGGAUAUGUACCACAUGAGCGGGUGUGCCGCCGACCUACAGAUCACCGGAAGUGCUGGAACAAACAUCGAUAUCGCCGUAACAGUGUUUAAAGUCUGUCCAGUGGUAGUUGAGCGCGCUUUCCGUGACGUCGGGGUGAUCUUGAAAGACGACGUCGUGCACGUGCAAAUGACUGGUCCGGGAAGUUCCGGCCACAAGCUUGUCGUUGAGGGGCAGACUACAAUUGCGAACCCGGACCAGUGGGUCAAGGACAGGAUCAAUGAAGGACUUGACCCAUCGGGUGACGCUGACUGCUCCCGCUUCGACGAGCUGACUACCGGCGGCCACCAUCCCGCCGGUAUGUCACGUGAUCGCGCCACCGGAACCGUCGACUUCCCCGUUACUAGGGACAGUGUCGAAUUUGCCAGACUUGUACAGUACCAAGGAUCAAACAUUGAGUUCGAGAACAGCGAGGUCUCGGCCACUUGGUGUGGUCAGCCCGGAAGUGCGUGUCCAAGCACGUGCGCGCAUGCGUUGUUGGGAAAUGACCUUGAAAGCAGGUGCGCUGACCGCGUGAUGUCGCCUCGAUUGCUCGCAGUUCUCAAUAAACUUCAGCUGAAAGUGAGGAGGGCAUUGCAAGACAAGCUGCUCGUAUUUGAAGCCUGGGAUGAGCAAUACGAGGGUCACCUUGAAGGUGACACCCCUGAGGAUUCACUCCACCGUGAGGGUAGGGCGGCCAGACUCGGCCUCACUUCCGGUACGGAGGCCAAACUUGCGCAGCUCAGCAGGCUGGCCGCGUGCGCUGGAGCAGACUUUGUGGAGCAUAUGGAAACGUACGUGUACGUAGCGGUAAGGCGGCAGCUAGUUGGCGGCUCCCGGGUGUUGUUCCCCCACAUGGAGCUGCUGGAGGUGGAGCCACCGGCCGCCCUGCAGCCUCUGUAUUCACUUUCUGCCGCGUACACGGAGAGCGACAAACGGAAAUACCCGCUUUUCGACAGCAGCGGACGGUUAGAAGCGACCUUGUCAACUAACUUCACGAUCGGACAGUGGGUGUCACGUGACUACAGCUACUUUCGGUUGGAUCCUCGUCUAUUGGAGUGUUACAAUGACGUCGUGUAUCAGGAAAACAAACUCAACAAGCCGAGAGACACGUGGACGCAGCUAGAGGUGGUGCGCGGGUUCAUGACAAACAAGGAAAACCGGAACAAGUUUGAUGUCAUCAACGACAAGCGCUUCAACACACAUAACCUGGGCGUGGCCAUGCAGAUUAAGUACCGCAACCCCCAGGCUGGACAAACACCGUACAAAUUGUUCCUGACGGCCAUAGACAAAUGUUCCCCGCGCUUCUCACAAUCCGGGAUGGCAAUGGGUGUCGGGCUGUACGCAGACAGCAUCUACGUAAGCGUCCGGAAGUCGCUCCAUGUCAUGCAGGAGACUGAAGAACAUCUACCUGAGAGCGUUACCAUGAAUGACGUAACGGAACGAUAUAAUCUUGCAAAAGGCGGAAAGAUAGUGGACCCAACAGACGUUGAGAGUGCCUGCCUGCUCCAGACGGCCCCGCAACCACAGUCUUACCACUUCCGACACACGCACUCGGAGGUCGUCCAGAGGGCCAGACGGCGGCGGGAGGCGGGAGAGGAGUCAGCGUGUGUGCCAACCCGCUACACGUCCUUCUGUUCGACGACCGCAAGUCACCGGGCCGCCGUGGUCGCCGACAUUACCGCCCAGCUGGAUCGAAAACACUUCCCAGGUCCUUCUCGGACCGAUAUCAUGGCGGCGCUGGAGGGUUGCUUUGGCGACUGUGGUACUUGCAUGGAAGGUGAGAUUUUCGAAAGUAAGAAGGAGCACUGUAACAACUUCCUGCACUGGGUUGACUGGGAGCUCCUCAACGAUAGGCCGGAUGUGAGCAACUUUUUCCUGCGCUCAAACCGCGCCGCAACCAAACACGCCUGCGACCACGGGGCCGACUGUGUCGAGAACUCGCCUCUCUUUUCUCUUGUCGCACCGUCUGUUGAGAAAAUUUAUCGCCCGGACCCGACAAGGAGUGUUGAAAAUGAGCUUUACUCGGCGACGAACAAUCCACUGCCGGUGUUCCGGCUGCUGGAGGACAUGUACGCCAUACAGGCUUCCGGUGUGGUCAACUUCUGGGUGAAAGAUGAUCGUGAAAUGACAGCCCUUAAACGUCCGCUUGAGGUUGUAAUGCUGUAUAACCGGAACGUGACGUUAGUGCGCGUGUACGUUGAGCGGUACUCUGUUGCCAGGGGCGCCGUGCAGACGUUCGUGGAGACGUCUGCGCGCACCUGGGCCACCACCGGAUGUCCUGCGGUUACUAGAGAAACCAUCGCGCAGUACGAGAUCCUUGAAAUCCCACCAGAAAAACGGAAGCGGGCGGCGGAGCCUGACUCUGUGCGCUACCAGAUCCGGGAUUAUCACGGCAAUGUCGAAGCACGCUGGGCGGACAGACACAUCAUGCUGUAGAAAACAAUGGCCUGUUUCAUAAAAAUAGAAAUACUUCUAGAAUUCAUAUUGAAAACAGUGAUAAACCUAAUGAAAUAUUGUUAUGAUAAUAUUUCAGUUCUGGACGUCUAAAUUGACAUGUAUUAAUAUUUUUUAUGAAAAAUUUGCUAAAAAAAUCAAAUAAAACAUUUCCAGAACUUCUGACAUGGGAUGAUAUCUUUUUGGAUUCCCCAGUUUAAAAAAUAAAAUUAUAAGCGGUGUUUCAAAUUUCGAUGUCUAUCUGAACCGGAACUUCGAUCUUCAAAUGUUCAGUGCAUAUGCACCUUCUUGUAACAUUAUACGGCAAUUAAUUAAUUCCUCCCGCUAUUUACAGUCCACCUUGUAAGGCCAGCUACAGCUGUUGUUCUUUAUAACAUAACACUUCUUACAAGUUGUUAGAUAAUUAUAUUUGUUAUGUAUUCUGUUUGUUUUCACUUUAUUUACUUCGAUAUGCCCAUUGUUUAAAUAUAUAUAUAUAUAUUGAUAGAACUCGCUUUUUGUAUCUACAUGUUUGAAUAAAUAAAUCUCGGUUUGGUAUGCUUUUU